AUCCCCGACUCUCUCUCUCUUCUCUCUCGUUUGGAAAGACGACGGAAGAGACGAUUCGUCCGAGAAUCUGAAAUUCAACCGAUUCACAUCGAGUCCGUUGAAUUUUCAGUCUAAAUCUGGAGGGUUGAUGGUCACCGGAGGCGAUGGCUUUAUUAAUCGGUGUAACCCAAAGAUUGACGCUUCGGUUCUGUCGACAAACGACGGCGGAGGUUUCAGAUUGAGCGGUGAACAGACGUUUAGGCUCAACUGGGCUCAGGCUGGUGCUGGAGAGAGACGCCAGAGUGAAGGUGCUGACCGAGAUGAAUGGUCAAUACUGCUCGACCAGGCCUAUGCGUAUUGGUCCGGCUGUCAAUAAGAAUCCUCUUCCGAUGCAACCAGCUAUGGAUCAAAACACUCAAUGAGGAAAUCUUGGAGAUAGCGAUCCAAAUAAAACACCAUUUUGAGUUUUCUUCUCCCUUUCUACCUUCUCUCUCCUUCUCUGUUCUCUUCUCUUCUCUCUUCACUUUGCUCAAAUGGCCGGCCUUAGAUGGAGAGAGUGGUGGAACACGAUGGCCUUCCCCACCCGACGCAUCUGGAAUCGUAUCAGUGCUUAACCGCAAUGUCGUUGUUAGCAAUCAAGUCACCGCAUCCCGCAGUUGCAAGAAUCAAGGUGAGUUUAGUUCCUACUCUAUUAGAAACACAUUUAGCAAAUUAGUAUUAUUGUCUCUGUGUGUAACUUUCGAAUCAUCAAAAAGAUUAUCUUGUACCUACAUAGUUGCCACUAAGACAUAUAACAGUAAGUUUUAUUUUGAUUUGUGGCUAUUCGAGCUGUUCUAUAUGGUGAUUUGAUCGAACCAUUUCCAAGCUCCUGGAUUCUUCUCUUUGAUCUCCAACCUGUAGGAAUCAACUUCUUCCUUCUUACUUGUAAAAUAUGUUUAAUAUUCCAAAGUUUGUAAAAUAUGUUAUUAAGA